CCCCCCCCCCCGGACCGCACUGUCUGUCUCCAACUUGAUAAAAGCGACGGGAUCUACUCUAACUUACAUACCGUCCAGUUAGCGAACCUGCUCCAACUACGUCAAUCGAUAUCUUUCUCGCCUUCUCCUCUCUUUUGCUUUGGUUGUCGCACGCUUGCUUCAUUGUCCUCUGUCUCUAGUUCAUGCUCCAAGCAAAACAUAGCAAGCACAUCCAGCGAUCAUGCCAGGGUCUUCUCGCAUGCCCAUUAGCCUCAGGGAGAGCUUUGAGAGUAUCAAGAGAAACCGGCCGAGGGAUCCGUGGUCCGUGGUGAAUCUCGACUUACUCCGCAACACAGUCUUCUUCUUCUUCGUCCUCCGCAUCCUCCGCCGCACCUUCUGGCAACUCAAGGGCCGCGGUCUCCUCGGUACCAUCGUCGAGCUCUACGUGGACAUCCGCCGCCUUCUCUAUGGAUACUUCCUACGACUACCCGGCGUGCGCACGCAGGUCCGCAAGCAGGUCAACGACGCCCUGACCAAGAUGCAGGGCAAGCUUGUGCCCGCCGGCGGGUCGCGCUACUUGUCUCUGCCCAAAGAGCCUUGGACGGACGAGGCGGUCCGCACCGAACUCGAGACCCUGUCUAGCAUGGACCAUACGAGAUGGGAGGAUGGAUAUGUCAGCGGCGCCGUGUACCACGGCGAGGAGGAACUCAUAAAGUUACAAACCGAGGCAUACGGAAAAUUCACCGUCGCAAACCCGAUCCAUCCCGACGUCUUCCCUGGAGUGAGAAAGAUGGAGGCCGAGGUGGUCGCCAUGGUGUUGUCCAUGUUCAAUGCGCCUUCUACCGCUGCAGGUGUCUCGACGAGUGGUGGAACAGAAAGCAUCCUCAUGGCCUGCCUGAGUGCACGGAACAAGGCAUACGCCGAAAGGGGCAUCACGGAACCAGAAAUGAUUCUCCCCGAGACGGCACAUACCGCUUUCCGCAAGGCUGGCGAGUACUUCAAAAUCAAGGUCCAUCUUGUGCCCUGUCCCGCGCCUACGCAUCAAGUCGAUGUGCACAGGGUGUCCCGCCUCGUCAACAGAAAUACAGUUCUUCUUGUGGGCUCGGCCCCAAACUUCCCUCACGGUAUCAUAGAUGACAUCGCCGGACUGUCCAAGCUUGCGCUCCGCCGCCGCAUCCCCUUACACGUCGACUGCUGCUUGGGAUCAUUCCUCGUCCCCUUCCUCGACAAGGCCGGCUUCGAGACCGAGCCCUUUGACUUCCGUCUCAAGGGCGUGACAUCAAUCUCGUGCGACACGCACAAGUACGGCUUUGCGCCCAAGGGCAACUCGACCGUCCUUUACCGCACUAGCGAGUUGAGGACAUACCAGUACUUCGUCAGCCCUGACUGGUCCGGUGGUGUCUACGCCUCGCCCGGUAUUGCUGGCUCUCGUCCUGGUGCUCUCAUUGCCGGCUGCUGGGCCAGCAUGAUGAAAGUUGGCGAGCCGGGUUACAUAGACGCGUGCGUCAAGAUUGUUGGAACCGCAAAGAAGAUCUCGGAGCACAUCGUCACAUCGCCACCCCUCUCGGCGGAACUCGAGAUUAUUGGCCGACCGCUAGUAAGCGUGGUGGCGUUCACGGCGCGGAACCUGAAUAUCUACGAUAUUGCCGACGGCAUGUCAGGAAAGGGCUGGCAUCUCAACGCUCUGCAAAACCCGCCGGCCAUUCACGUCGCUGUGACCAUGCCCAUCGUCAAGGUGUGGGAGAAGCUUGUCGCGGAUCUCGAGGCGGUCAUUGAGACGGAAAGAGAAAAGGAGAGAGUCAGAGCCGUCGAGGGCAAGGGGUCGAGGGGCAAGGCUAUGGGUGACAGCGCAGCGCUCUAUGGUGUUGCAGGUAGCCUGCCGAACAAGAAGAUCGUGGUGGACCUGGCAAAUGGGUUCUUGGACCUGUUGUACAAGGCCUAGAUGCUUUUAACUCACGGGUAGUCUCUGUAGGAUAUUUGUGGAGAAAGGCGUGCUGAUACCCCUCCCAGUGUCAGAAUACCAGCAGUAUACCUAGUAUAUGGGCACAAUGCAAGUCUCGAUUAGGAUUUUAAGCAUAAGCCAAGCCCGCCACACGUGGGAGGGAGGCACAAUGCGUUAUGCCGGCUGGGCCGCUCAAUCGUGAACGCUAUACCUAGAGCCUCUGGUAUCCUACGAGACCCCAUGACGUAGGUGCGCUGAAUGUGAUCCAUUCUGUGUGUAUGGAGAUAGUAAUGCUCUGGGUAAAUAGAAGCCCCCCCCCCCCUCCCC